UCAGGGGGUGGCCGGGGGAGGGGGGAGCGGCCGGCUGCUCCAGCACGUGCUUCUCGCACUCGCAGUCAGUCUUGUUCCACGCGCCCAACAAGCAAGAAAUGGGCGAUCGGCUCCUGCGCUGGCACCACCACCGACACACGCCGCAAUUGUCGCCACGCGGAGCUUGAGCACUGUCCCGACGCGUGCGAGCCACAAACCGUCCUACUCAGCAACCGCAGAAUUUUUCUACUCGCCUCUCGCAUAAUAUUUUUUCACUCUCGGAUCUAUAGAAGAGAAGACUCAAAGCCAAAGCACCAAAAAUGCCUCGCUGCCUGAUGGCCAAGAAGUGGAAGUAUCCGUGGGACCGUGAGAAGGCGGCCGCCGCAGCCGCCUCCGCCGCCGCCUCCGAGGAGGCUGACAAGAAGGCAGCGCCGCAGCCGUCGUCUCAGGAGUCGUCGCCGGCCCAACAGCCUCCUCCGUCCUCGUCGAGCUCGACCAGCACCACCAUCCGCCUCGGCUGGGGCCCCUCCAGCCCCACGGCGGGUGCCACCGCCCCCAGUCCGCCCCCGAACGCGCCCGGAACUCCCGAGAGGGUUGCCGUUCUCUACAACGGCUACGUCCAGGAGCUGUCGCACGGGCUGAGCUUUCCCUACCUGUCGCACCGCGGGCCUCCGGCGCCGCCACACCACCAUCACCACCACCACCAUCCCCACCCGCACCACCAUGUUCCACCUGGGGUUUUGCUGCACCGAGGCGACGAAGGGUACCAGUUCCCGGCCGAGGCGUACCACCACUACCCGCCCACCUACCUAGCAGAACCGCACCGCUACGAGGAGCGAUGGGCUGAGCACCAGCCGAGUCCGGCGGCGCCGCUGGCGCCGCUGCCGCCCCGCAAGUCGCUGGCCAUGUGCUACACGAGCACGGGGGCGGCGUUGUCGCUGCCGCCCAAGAAGAAGGACAUCUACCGGCCGUACUCGCUGCAGGACCCGGUCAAGCCGAGCCACAAGGACCUGAGCGCGGCGCACGCCAUCCUCGACCUGAGCGCGUCUAGUCAGCCCGAAGCGUCGGGCAACGCGUCCACCAGCGGCGACGAGCGGCCGCCGUCGACAGUGCCGCCCUCACCGACGCCGUCCUGCAAGACGGUGGCCUACACCUACGAGGCCUUUUUCGUGAGCGACGGGCGCUCCAAGCGCAAGACGACGUCGCUCGGCUCGGCGUCGCCGAUGCGCGACCCCACCGAGAAGCCCAAGUACACGUGUCCCGAGUGCGGCAAGCAGUACGCCACGUCGUCCAACCUGUCGCGGCACAAGCAGACGCACCGCAGUCUCGACUCGCAGUCGGCCAAGAAGUGUCCGACGUGCGGCAAGGCGUACGUCAGCAUGCCGGCGCUGGCCAUGCACGUGCUCACGCACAACCUCAGCCACAAGUGCGACGUGUGUGGCAAGGCGUUCUCACGGCCGUGGUUGCUUCAGGGCCACCUCAGGUCGCACACCGGUGAGAAGCCCUACGGCUGUGCACACUGCGGCAAGGCGUUCGCCGACAGGUCCAACCUGCGUGCCCAUAUGCAGACGCACUCGGCGGCCAAGAACUUCCGCUGCAAGCGAUGUGAUAAGUCGUUCGCCCUCAAGUCCUACCUGAACAAGCAUUACGAGUCGGCUUGCUUCAAGGACGGCCCGUCGGGCGUGCUGACGCCACCAAGUUCGCCGGGCGACGGCCUCGUCUGCUGUCCGACCACCUCCGACCUCCACCUGCUGCAGUCGCCGCCGCCCUACCCCCCGCCACUUCCCCUCCACCCUGGAGUCUACGCUGCUUGAAUUCCGCGCGCUUUGCAUUGUCUCUCAACUCAACACUCACCACACCCUCGUUUGGUUUGCACCCCCCAGCCCCCAGACAACACCCUCGCAUCAGUCAGCCAUCGUAGAACGGUUGAAACAGCUUUAUAAGAGUUCAAUAAUGCUUGUCCACACGAUUCUUUUGGACUUUAGGUGUGAUUUUUUUGCUGAAACAUCUCGUUCAAAAAGGUACACACACACCCACUCGAAACAGUCAAAAACGCAUAUUUACAAACGCGCAUCACGCUUUUUAUAAGGUAAUAUACAAAAAGAGAAGACGUUUUUAAUGAAUUAUGAAACGCAAGUGCCCUAAAAGUUAAAAAAAAUGAAUUGAAAUGAUUUUCUCACCAAAGUAAAAAGGAAAUUUUUGAUAAAACUGAUAUUGUCGAAUUGCAUGUUAUUUUUACAGACGGUCACUUAAGCACUGUUAAAAAGUGAAAACAAGUUUUGUGAAAACAGGGUUCAUUGUUCAAGGACGGAUGAUGAAAAAAUCCAAGAAAAAAAAAUAAAAACAAACAGUUUUGACUUCAAAAGUACGAUUUUGGAGGCCAUUAAACGCGAACGGUGACAUAAAAAUGCACAUUGCCUUUUUAGAUGAAUUUUUUUGAUAAAAAGUAUUUUUCACACAACGACCAUAUUAAAUGGAUGUCACGCCCAUAAAUCAUCUCCCUCAAAACAAAAGAUAAUAACAUGAAAAAGUAGAGGUUUGAGUUUGUAAAUACUUGGAGCGAAAUUUAUUGCGAGCGAUCGCACGCGGCGUGCAGCAAGCGUUUCAAAAGCGAAACACUCGGACGCGGGCGGGGCUGUAAUUAAAUUUUUACGCUCCGCACGAUAUACCAGAGAAAUAUCGCGCAAUAAACUUUCGCCCCCCAGGUAUACACAUUUAGAUGUAAUUAGUUCCAAAACCAUUAUAAGCGUAGUCAAACACAAAAGCAACGAUUUGCUGUGAAAACUUUUGCGGACAGAGGAAAAGUAUGAUAUACUUGUUUUCGUGAUUUUGCGUGGCUAUUUUACUAGAAGCCAGAGAUUCGCUUUUGAUUUCGAACGAUUCAAAAGCGCUCCGCUCCUCACAUGGGCGGGGCGCGCAAUGUUUCAGCCACAACGAAAUAAAGAUUGCUGUAGUCAAGCUCUAACGAUUGCAUCGAACGCGAUGGAUCUCGAGUACCUAGUGCAUAGCAGAAUAUUAUAUACACUCACAGUCACAUAAACCUAUAUAAAAAUAACAAAUAUUAUGGUGAAAAAAUUAAUACACAACAAACACACGCGUACGUAUGUAAACUCACUCAGCAACACACUCACUAUUAAAUAGAGUAGCUCACACAUAUACCAGCUCAAUUAUUUUACAUAUUAUGACAACAGCAUCAAACUGCUGUCGUAUUGUAUGCAUUUUCAAUUAUCCGCCGACAAACGCGCAACAGAAAUCGAAUAUGCAAAUCGAUUAAUUGAGUUAGCUCAGCUGGCUAAUUUAUGCGACGAGAGGAGAGCGCGGCGCAGGCAGAAAUCGAUUCGGGCCUUAGCGCGCUUUUUGGUCUGUGAGUGUAAUAUGCAAAAUAAGUUGACGCUGCCGUAAUAAAUUUCGAGAGGCAAAACGCAAGUCGGUUGGUCAAAAAAUAGUAAAUUACGAGAAUGAAAAACGAUGCAUUUAUUGAAUUGUGUAACGACAAAAAUAAAUUUAAUAAGUCUGAGCAUGCAUAAUUUUGUAGGAAAAGCGCAACGAAAAUGCAAUAAAAAGUUUAUUAGCAACGAAUGCAUAUAUAUAGAGAGAAAGAGUAACUAACAUUUACGAGAGAGCACUUUCGGAAUUUAAGGGCUUUGUAACUAGUCACCUCUUACCCGCAACGUUGAUAUAUAUGAUCUCCAACUUCGAAUACAUUCCAAAAAUUUGAAAAUUAAGUAACUAGGUAUUUAAGAUUUCUCUACCUUAUAGCGAUCUUUAGAUUCUAGUAGCAGUAACUAGUCGAGAGGGUUGAGCAGUGAAAAGACAAAGCGGUAUUUCUGCAGUCUGUACAUAUGUACUCGUGUAAACUCCCAAUGUAUGCCUAGCGUGUAAGACGACCGCAACUUUGAGCGAUUGAUUCGAUUCGGUGCUUCUGUGCGCCCGGAACGCGGCACCGCCUACUUAAUUACUUUUCUGUACAUACAACGCAGGCACUGUGCUGCAUUCCCGUUUUCCCCCGAAAAAAAAUAUAUAUUGGCGAAACCCGAUAUCAGAGAGUCAUUAGUGAAUCCGUACGUGAGUGUGUGCAUAAUUGUUACCCGAGAAGGAAAAAAUAAAAGCGGCGGCGAAUAAUUUUCCGGCUCCGUACUUUCUCCGCUGCCUCCGUUUCGCCGGCGCAGCAUUUUGCAAAUUAAAAUCGGCGCUCCAAUCCUUUUAGACCGAGCGAAAAUGAACACACGGAGAGGGAGAGCGCGCGCGCAAAUUUCCCACAAUGGUCCGCUGUGAAAAUAUUGUGAAAGUCGGUCUUGUCGGACGUAUAAUGCAUAAGUCACUUGAUAGCUCUUUCUCUCGGCGUGCGCGCGUGGUCCUGAACAAACAUUUUGCCGUCGGAGUGGGUGCCCGCGCUAUGUAGAAGAACUCGAGCGCCCGGGCGAAUACACAAACCGUCCGAGUGACCCCUCUCUUGACUUUGUGUCAAUCUCGGCCCGCGUACACACGGCACACGGUAAAUAAUUAAUGCCAGAGUUCAUCAAGAUUUCUCUUUUAACUCGAUUCUGAGUACUGUUCUCGCUUUCCCUUUCUUCUCCGUCGGCCUCGGCCUCGACGAUGCGCCUGUUGAUUUUUCCCUUCGCCUUGCUUCAUGAAAAAUCCAACGUUUCUCGAGUAAUUUGCUCGAUUCCUUCUUCCCCGCCUGUUUCGUGCGCGCACACGAACUCUAUUCACCGCGUGUUCUUCCAUUUCCUCGUUCUGCUAUCACGUUUCUAACUUUCCUAUCUGUUCUUCUCUUUUCGCUCUCCUAUCUUCUUUCCUAUACAUUUCUGCCAUCGCGGCGCAGUGCGUUUUAUUGCGGCCCUCGGCUUGCAUGCGCGCUGAUAAAAACCUCUUCCACCUGUCGUCUACUUUCCGAUUUCCGCUUUUGCUGGCUCUGGCUGUGUGUGUGUGUGUCAUAAAUGUAAGGACGGACGCACUCGUAACUCUCUGAUUCUGCGCCGAUAUUGGAAAAUGAGUGAAAAUCUAGUCCCGCAAAGUCGUGGUAAUUAACCCAAGUUUAGCGUAAUAGCUAUUAACUUGCGAUUAAUAUUGAACUUUGAUAAGCUAUAAGUAAGAUUGGCUAGAUGAUUGGUCGAAUGGACUUUUCUCCCUUGCUUUCGCGGAUAGAUAUAUAUCGGUUUGUGUUUUUACGAGGCCGGUGAUUCAAAUUUACGACGAAAGACUAGUUACUUCUUUAUUUGAAGACUUGUGUUUUUUUCUUGAUCUCUCUCUAUCUCUCGAGGAAACGUAUUCCUAUUUUUAUUGCCGUCGACGGUAAGAGCCAAAACCAAUUUUCUAAAAGUUUGCCGAAUAAUUUUAUCUUCGCCUUUUGGCACGUGUUUGAGCGUCUUAAUCUCGAGAGCGCUCGGCAGACUCGAGUGGUUUUAGUGUAAGUAGCUAUUUGUUUGUGUACUUUUAUGAUUAUUUGGAUGCUCUGUGUCAUUUAAGGUCGUGACAGCAGAAGCCUCGUCUUGUUUAAACGCUACUUCUGCAUUUAUUCAAUUGUGAAAAAGCAAGCGACUCGCGAAAGGCGAACAUUCCAUUUUAUGAUAACCAAUUUAGUUUAUUAUCUAGUCUGAAAGUCUCGUAAAAAGUCGUCGCAGCACCAACAACAACUAGUCUUUUUUUCCAUUCACUCACCUUUACGGAGAGCAAUAAUCAAGGAAAUUUCGCAACGAAUUUUACCCCUGAAUUGCGCUGACACAGAAAAACAGACAACGAUUUUUUGUCUGCAGAUCGUGCACGAUCUGCGCUUUUACACACGAAAUUGUUUCGGUCAUGUGAGCGAAAGAAACGAAUGCGAGCAACAUGUAUGCACUCUAAUCAUAAGAUAGCAAUAAUUUUAAGCAUUAUUCUGAUUAUAUACAUUAUUGUUGCGAGCAAUUUUAACUGGCCUGAACUCUGGUUAAUGUGCUUUGACGAGCUCGGAACUCGCCAGGUAGAAAAGACGACGACGAGCUUAAAAAGGAAAUGACGUGAGAUUCAAUUCAAUUAAUCGGGUGUCAAUUUUUCGGACGGCGUUUUGGAUUCUGAGGCGAUUUCCAGUUCUCGGCAUGUGCCAGAAAGUGCCAGGUAUUCACAAGCAAUAAAUCUCGUAGUCUGGCCAUGAGCAAUAAGGAGUCGGAUCCGCAGUCACAUUUUGGCUCGGCCGGCUCUCUUUGAGCAAUAAUUGUGGCCGCUAUGAAGAACACUUAAAGUUAAGGACAAACAGUUAACACGAUUCAAAAUAUUGAAAGUAAUCAUAAGAAAAAUAUCAACGAUUAGGUACAUAGACACCUGACUUAGACUGCCCAUAUUUAAUUAACUUUAAAAGCUGUUAAACAAAACGAAAUUUCAACUUUGAAUAAAUAUUAUGUACUACUACACAGUUUACGAUUUCGGAGUUGUAUUUAAAUUAUUAAUCCGUAGCAUUUGUUUUGAACACAACAUCAAAAUCCAUCAGUUGCAACGAGAAAACGUAGGAUUGCUCAAAAAGUUCGCGCGUGCAGCAAUAUUUUCAAGGAACGAAACACAUAAAUACAUACAUACACACACACACUCUCUACAUAAAAUACUCACGAAACAACGUAAUUUUCAAAGUUAACCGUUAUAUUGAAAAACAAAAAGGAGAUUUAAUCUAGCCUGAGUAGUCGUCCAGUGAUUCCACUCUUAUCUAAUUAGUCGGUUGAUCUCUACUAAUAUGUAACGCUCCCUUUCCCUGUUAGUUCCGCCGUCCACAGUUGAGAAAUUAGCCACACAGAAGUCACCCAGACCCCAAUUUUAAAUCAAAGAUGUCUCUGUUUGUAAAUGCGACCUCGCAACACCUUGUCGGUCGCAUGUUUCGAAAGCUGCUGAUUAGUCACGGUGUAGCUCGAGUUCGUGCAUCUUGUUUAAACGCGGGGCAACUAAUGUACUCUGGUAAUAGCAAAUUUUGUAUUUAUAUUUUCAUAAUAAAUAGUGUAGAAACAUUACAAAAA